UGAAGUCAGUGCGAUAGAUUCAAUUCAAGGCCCCAUUUCCAAUAUGCCUCUGCGACACAGACCGUACGUCCCCAAGAUCAAAGGUUGCUACGAGUGCUCUCAGCGUCGCAUCCAUUGCGAUCGGAAGGAACCAGCCUGUGGGAAAUGUAUUGCCAAGGGCAUCUCUUGUAGCGGACUGGGGGUUCGAUUCAGAUUUCGAGAGGCAGGCAAGAAGAGAGGUACAAGGAAACGCCAACCAUCGCAAGAGUCGAGUUGUAGCGAAAGUAGCCCUCAGCCAGACCAUACCUUUGACACCGCAGAUGAGAUCCUCAAAGUCCUCUUUCCCGACAGCCCAGGAAGCACUUCACAGUCUCCCGAGGAUGUGAAUGCUUUGUUCUCCCAGCUGCCAUUGACGCCAGACAAUGGUCGAUCCCCAGCGCUCGACGAUCCCUUCCUCGACACGAGUCAGACGAUCAGUCACCCAUUGACCGAACUCGAAGCAUGGAAGUCGUAUCUCCUCACAUAUUUCUCCGAACACAUAGCCCCACAAAUGGUGGUGAUCGACGACCAAUACAACGGGUGGCGAUGCACGAUCCUCCCCAUCGCCCACGCAGACGAACUCGUUCUGAAUUCCGUUCUCGCAGUAUCCUCUCUGCAUCUCAAAGGCACGGUCGGGAGUCCCAGCUUUGCCGAUCCACACAUGCUCUACACCAAAGUCAUCAAGGGCCUGCAGAGUCGAAGCGACCUGAGCGCAUGCGAUAUGUCCACCAAGAAGUCGGUCAUCCUGACCAUCAUCAUUCUUCUGGCCGCAGUGAUGGUAACUGGGGGGACGGACUUUCCGAUCUUAUUCCGCAUGCUGCAAUCCGCCCUGGAUGCCGUUGGGGGGGACGGCGGGUUGGAGGAAGACGGGGUGUCUGCUUUUCUACUGCGAGAGAUACGCAAAAUCCGAGUCAACGCGAGUCCCUUGGUGAGCCUCGACUCGGGGAUCUGCGCGAUCCUGUCGCAUGGGGCGCAAAGCUUCGAUUGCCUCCGCUACUAUCGUACUUUACAUCCCCGCCAUGCGCUAGCCCUCGAUCGCAUCGCAGAGGUCCGACAGCAAGCUUAUGACUUAUAUCUCCAGCGGGCACUCGCCAAGGCAAAUCAGCCAAAGGCAUUGUCGCAUCUGGUCGACCAAUUCAAGGAGCUGUUGGUGCUAUACCCGGAGGUUACUCAGAUGGACCACGUGCUGGUCUGGUCGGCGUUCAUUAUCGGAUUAGAAUGUCGGGUCCCGGAAGAUCAGAGAUUCUUUAAAGGGUUCUUGGAACGACAGUACCGACGCAAUGGGUUUGCCAACAUCAUUCGAGCGAUGGAAUUGCUCCAGCAAGUAUGGGAGGGAGAAGCAGACCGGAAUUGGGCAGCAGAACUGCCUCAAUUACAAGUAUUUGUCACUUAA